GUGAGCGCCUCCUCUUCAUCUUAGAAGCAGCAAACAAACUCAACGUCUUUUACCAUUCGACUGCUUGACUUGAGUCACCCUUCGUGGAAAUCAUUUUCAAAAAGAGUUGGGGCUGCCUGCUGCAUUGGCCAAGCACAACACCAGGCCAGCACUUGCCUGGCUUGAGUCAUUGAUCACACACUUCCACAAAAACGGCUUCAUCCGGUCCCUCAAACAAAUCUGUUGUCUUUCUACAAAAUCGAAGAAAAGAUUUGAGUUGACGCUCCAAGCCAAGUAGCCUGUGCAGCUUUUCUUGUGGCAGGCGAGAACUUGGUUAAAUGGGAGGCAGCCAUGACUGGGCUCUCCUCACUGGUAAAGGCUGCCGAUACACAUCCAAGAAAGCGCAACUCAUCCAGUUGGUCAAACAUGAACCUGAGUUCAGUUCUUCGAUUCGAAACCUUGGGUCUUUAAGUUGGGCUGCAUGGACCUAUUUUACACACGCAUUCAGUAUUGGAGUUGCAAGAAUUGAUGGUGGAGGGAAAGUGCGAACCCACCCCCCUUUCUAUGCCGAGAAUCACAAUCACGCCUUCUCAACAACAGCAACAUCGAAACCGACAAUCACAAAUUGUAAACAGAAACACAUCGUCACAGAAGAAACUUCCUCAGCUUUUGCGGUCUCAUCAAAGAGCCCAGCUUCGAAUUAUUCGACCACGGCAUUACCACAGCAACAUCGAAACGGGCAACCACACAUCGGAAUUAGAAACAUACCAUCGCAGAAGAGAUUGAUGACCUCUACAAAUGGAUCGGCUCCAACUUACUUGAUCACGGCAUCAACGCGAUUCGCAUCGCGCUAGGCCUUCAUCGAAGACUUUUUUUUUUAGUGAUGUUUUGUUGUGGUUUCUACUGUACAUUUUGCAUGGCCCUCCGUUGGCGUCUUCGAAAUGCCCACUUCCCGACGCUCACGAACA